AUGUCUAGAUUUUUCCGCGGUGAUAGCUCCAGCGACAGCUCCUCCGACGAGGAGGAGGAUCUCUAUUCCGAUGACGAAGAAGUUCAAGAACAGCCCGAAGAAGAAUCUUCUGAAGAUGACUCUGAGGAGGACGAUGAUGAUGAUGAUGACUCCGAUUCCAGCAGCGAUGAUGGAGUUGGCAAAAAGACCGGAGCGAACGCUUUCUUGAAGGACGAUUCCGAUUCCGAUAGCGAGAGUAGUGGAGAUGAGGGCGUGAAGGUCGUCAAGUCUGCGAAGAACAAGCGAUUCGAAGAACUCGAGGCAACCGCAAAAGCUAUUGAAAAUGGCGAGAAGAUUAACGAUUGGGGAUCGAUCUCAGCAGAGUUCGACAAAUUGAACCGCCAAGUCGCCAAACUUCUACAAUCAGGCACAAUCCCAAAGGUCUACAUCAAAGCUAUUGCUGAUUUGGAGGAUUUCAUGAAUGAGACCUUGGCAAAGCAGAAGGUGACACCAAAGAAGAUGAACGCCACAAAUUCUCGCGGUUUGAACGCUGUUAAGCAGAAGAUCAAGAAGGCCAGCAAGGAGCACCAGAAGGACCUAGAAUCAUUCAGAGCCGAUAAGGACGCGUACAUGGAAUCAGAAGACGAGGAAGUUGUGGCACCAAAACCAAAGAAAACAAAGUCCUCUUCUGCAGCACAGGAUGUUGCCGCCGAUGAUGAUGAUGAAGGGUGGGGAACUGUUGGUAAGGGUGGACGAACUCUUCAAUUCACACCAGAGAGCAUUCUCAAGCAUUUGAGGACCAUUCUCGAAUCCAGAGGAAAGAAGAACACCGACCGCAAUGAACAAAUUAAGAUUAUGGAGAAGUUGUACGAAGUAGCAGCCACUCCAUACCAACGCAUCAGAGUCCUAUUAACCCUCAUUUCAACGAGAUUCGACAUGACCACUGGUACUCAAACUUUCAUGUCCCAAGAACAAUGGAAGGCAGCAGAGAAGGAAUUUGCAACCCUCCUGAGUGUGCUUGAGACAAGUCGAGAAUAUGCAGUUGUGGAGACCGCUGAACCUUGGGAGGAUGAUGAAAAGCUUCCUACAGUUGCCGAAGGCGCAAAGUUCGCGAUUCCAGGAAGCGUCGUCUCCUAUGUUGAAAGACUUGAUGAUGAACUUACAAGAUCGCUUCAACACAUUGAUCCUCACACUGCUGAAUACAUCGAACGUCUUUCUGACGAGAGUGAUCUUUACAACAACAUUGUCAGAACUAUGUUGUACCAGGAGGAGAUCAGCAAGGACGCCAGCUUGAACGAGCCUCAACGUAGCUUGAACAGAGUCGUCAUGAGAAGGUUGGAGCACGUAUACUUCAAGCCAUCCGCAGUCAUCAAGAUCCUCGACGAAAACUGCUGGAAAGCAGUUCCUGCAGAGCUCAAUUCCACCAUCACACCACGCGGCUCCGUUGAAGAUGCCAAGACCUUGGUCAACGUUCUCUGCAAUUACCUCUACAUCAACACCGAGGGUGAAGGACUUACUAAAGCAAGAGCUAUGCUUUGCCAAAUCUAUUUUGAAGCUUUACACGACAACUAUUACAAGGCUCGUGAUAUGAUGCUUAUGUCCCAUUUGCAAGAGACUAUCAAUUCUUUCGAUGUUCACAGUCAAAUUUUGUUCAACCGUACUCUUGUUCAAGUUGGUCUCUGUGCUUUCCGAGCUGGUUUGGUCUAUGAGGCUCAAACCACCCUCCAAGAAAUCUGUGGCAGCGGCCGUCAAAAGGAAUUGCUUGCCCAAGGUGUCAUGAUUCAAAGAUAUAACCAAGUCACACCAGAUCAAGAACGUCUCGAAAAACAACGUCAACUCCCAUUCCACAUGCACAUUAACCUCGAGCUCCUUGAAUGUGUUUACCUCACCUGCAGCAUGCUUCUCGAAAUUCCUCUGUUCGCACAGACUGGCUCAUCCCCUGAUAUCAAGAAGAGAGUCAUCAGCAAGACAUACAGACGUAUGCUCGAAUAUCAUGAGCGUCAAAUCUUUACUGGACCUCCAGAAAACACCAGAGAUCAUGUCAUGCAAGCAUCAAAGGCCUUGGCCCAAGGUGAAUGGAAGAGAGCAACCGAAUUUAUCCACUCUAUUAAAAUUUGGGAACUUAUGGCCAAGCCUGAGGAGAUCAAGGCAAUGCUCUCAGCGCAAAUCCAAGAAGAAGGUCUCCGAACCUAUCUCUUUACAUACGCUCCUUAUUACGAUACUCUAUCCGUCAACAGACUCUCAUCAAUGUUUGACCUCUCUGACCGAAAGGUUGCUGCCAUCGUUAGCAAGAUGAUCAGCCACGAGGAACUUGCAGCCGCAUUAGACCAAGUCAACUCCUCGAUCAUCUUCAGAAAGGGUGUUGAGUUAAGCAGACUCCAAAGCUUGGCAUUGAGCCUCAGCGACAAAGCUAGUGGCUUGAUUGAAAGCAACGAGCGUACACUCGAGACAAGAACACAAGGCACAGCCAAUGCUUUCGAGAGACAAGGCGGCCGAGGUGGACGUGGUGGUAACAGAGGAGGUCGUGGUGGUAACCGUGGUGGACGUGGUGGUAUCUCCAAUGCUCCAAGGCAAGCUGGUGGAACACAAUUUACCGGUGGCGCUUUGGGAGCUGCUGUAGGUAGCAGAGCUUAAAUACGGAUGGAUAGAUGUGUUAAUGCAUUGGGAAUGGGUUGCUUACAGCGCUGUAAUUGGCCCAAAGGCGUUUUAAUGUAGGGCUUAGGAAAAGCUAGGUUCAUGCUCCACGAAGACAAAAGAAUGAAAUUUUUUGAUCAUAUUUUUGGUGUUACAUUUAAGGCUCCUAGACCUGAAUUCCUAAACCUUUAUCACUUAUUUUAAUGUCUCAUUUUGCGAGGCAGAAGAUGUAUCACAUAUCGAAACAGACUUUUUUCGGAUUCAAGGCAAUCACGCACAGAAGAGACAAUAAAAUAUGUUACCAGUCAAUCCGGAGAAACAUUUUACUGCCAAUCUCCAUUAGUAUUUCGAAUAACGUUACCAACAAUAGAAGCUUCCACGUUUUAGAUUUGGCACUCUAGUUUGUACAUCUCACUUCAUCUCAUUUCACCAACAAUCAUGUUACAUGUGCACUCGAGACCAACGAUUGACGGGACGCUGUCCAACUUUUUUUUUUACUUUCUAAUAAAUCCAGUCUUCAAUUAAUCUAGCUCCGAAUAUACAAUCUCGUCAUUCGAUUCAAAAUGUAUCACUUCUUGGAAUCUCCAAAUCUUUAGAUCCUGGUGAUCAGCAUUUUCAUUCACAUCUAUCUCCAAAAUCCGUCGUCUCAGUGUCUCUCUCGUCACUCUGUACAACCACCGAUGAAAAAUUUCCCCAGACCUCACCUCGCACAAUGCUGGCUUCAGACUUCGGACCGUUGGUGAUCGAUCGGUGAGGAGGAGGUACGAAGUAGGUACGGUGGGUGGAACGGAUGGGUGGGUGAUACAGAUAUAGGUACGGGUACGGGUACGGUGCUGGGGAGGUUUGAGUUUUGUGGAGAAAUGCGGAGAACCCGGUUGUGGAGAGAUGGGGGAUGAGGAAUUGUGUGGGAGUGUUAUGUGGUUAGAUUUUUGU